AUGCAGCAGGACCUGUACCGCGAUCUGCUGGCUCAGACUGGCAUUGAAGCCGCCCAGCUUAGCUACGUCGAUAUUGGGCCGCACUGCCAGUCAAGCUGGCGACACGGCCGGCUGGCCCCUAUCCACCACUUCGGUAUCUACGUGGCAGAAAAGAGCGAUGUCUUCCGCGCAGCCAGAGUCGAUGAUGGACGCAAGAUAAUGAUCAACAACUCUGAUAUUGCGGUAAGUACUCUUCCCUGUUUCAUUCAAACUCCUCAGCUGACAAGGGAGUGCUCAAGGGCUGCAACUUGA